AUGGCUGUCUUCUACCCACGCGGCGGCGUCGCUGGCGGUGAUCCCUCCAAGAACCCCGCCGACUCUACGUACGCCGCCGUGCCGCCCAGCUCGACGUACAAGGGACCAAAAGUGGCUGGGACGUACGGAGGCUUCGUCGGCGUUCUCGUCGGGGUCGGCAUCUUGGUCCUCACCGUCCUCGCGGGGUUCAUGUUCGUGCGGUACCGGCAGUUGAAGCGCAAGGCGGCGCAGAGCGGCGGGGAAGGGUACGAGCGAGGCGGAGCUUGGGUUGCGGACGACGCGUUCGAGCUGCCGACACACCAAGCCUUGCACUCCCAGUCGACCGUCAACCUCGAUUCUCCACCCCUACACCAUGCGCCGCCCCUGUACGCCCAGGACGGCAUCUCACAAGAGGCGUUCUUUGAGGAGGGAGCCGGCGGACGGUACCGCGAUCCGUACGGCGCGCGGGACGGGGAAGACUACGGGAGGGAUCGCUCGCCGACGCCCACGCCAGGCGACAGGAAGAUUUGA